UUAGCAGUAAGAAGCAUCAUUAAUUACAUUCCACGAAACCGCCAUCCACGCGUGAUUAUAACUAAUUCGUUAUCGCCAUUUUGUUAUUGAUAGCCAGCCAACUUAUAAAUACACAGCGUCCCACUUUUAAAUCUCCAAAAUCAAGAUCAACUCCUAUACCGCAAUGAACGCGUUCGGAAUUUUCGCCGCCAUACUCUUUCUUCAGGCCGCUAUGGCGUACAAAGAUUUCAAGGAGGAGUCGGACUGGUGCAUCGAACGACACGGACUCAGCGCCGACAAAAUCUACAGAAUCCACAGGGGAGGGCACUUGCCGUCAACCGACGACGACUAUCUUACCUUUAUCGAGUGCCUGUGGAGAAAAAUUCGAUUUUUGAAUUCGCGCGGCGAACUAAACUUGGCGGAAAUUUGGGGGAUGUACUACGAGGUCGCGCACGAGAUUUACAAUCAUCAAGUCAGCGCGGUGAAGGCGGAUGCUGUCCUAAAGAAAUGCAAAGGGGUUAACGGCGACACGCCGGCCCUAAGGGCUGUGAACAUGGGGAAUUGUUUAAAAAAUGUUGCUAAUUAUUAAAUAUUUUAAGUGCCAAACUUGGUCACAAAACGUA